UUCAGAGUAUAUUUCAGUUUUUCCUAGUUGAUUUUUGAUUUACAAAUCCCCAAGCCAUGGAUGACUUUGGUGUCUUCGAUUACAAGCGGCCUGCUGGGCCUAAGGAUCCUGAUUGGAGGACCUCUACAUAUCGCGGGCAUCGUCACAUCACGGAUUUGAGGAUGGGAAACAAGCUAAAUGCCAAGUUUGCGGACAAAGGCAUUUAUGUGAAAGAUCCGCUGCUGUCGGAGAAGCCCACUUCGGAAUGCAUGGCCAACUAUGUGUGGCAGUACGGCAAUCCCAACACCCUGAGGAAUCCAUCGCUCAACAUGAAAACCCAGUACAUGAAGCCUUUCGAGGAGGGCUGUCUUCGCUUCAUAAAGCGCAAGAUGAAGCCCAUCUCGAGUGUGAGUCACGACUCCUAUGUGCUGAAGGAGCUGCCCGAGGAGCAGGAAAUACUGCCUGUUACAAUGCCCACUCCUGUGGCGGCCUCCAAGCUCAUCAUCGACCGCGCGGAGGCUUCCUACAGCAAGUACCUGGACCCCUCCGCCACAACCUAUAAUCUGUCGUAUGUGCGCUUGACUCCCGAGGAUUUGACUGGCGGAGUGGCGGCCCACGACAACAUAACGUUCUGGAAUUGGUCGGAGAAGAUGCCGCCCACUAGGAAAGUGUCCCGUGAAGAGGAUCCUAUUAUGUGCGACGAGGGCAACACGCAGACGUGUCCCAAGCGGCGGUGCGAGUUCCAAAACCUCACGAAAAGAGUACCCCACUCGGGAAUGGUCACCGAGGUGCGGGCCAACUUCACGGAUCCGCGGUUCCGAAAGGUUGACUUUGAUCCGGAUGUCAAGCCGAUCCUGGUGCACGAGGAAGUCACCCCUUUUGCCACGAAAAGCGAGUACGGCAUCUACGGGUCGGGAGAACCCGUCAUCAAGUACGUUUAAAGGUUCUCUACAUAAAUCUGUUUGUAUUUUAUCUUCAACUAAAUUGAUGUUAAGCAAAAAUAGUGCAUAUUGUA